AUGCAAUCAACAGAAGUUUCUCUGGGUCGUCGAUUAGUGCAAGUGGCGUGUGCAAUAUUCUGGUGUUUGUUAUCAGGGGGCCCAAUCUUUGGUUUCGCUGCAUUGAAGCCUGUGUUAGUGAGGGAACAGGUAUAUGAAUAUGUUUGCGAUAUAUCUAUCAAUUCAACUUCCAUUGCUACUGAUAGAUCUCCUUUUACGUCAUUGACUUCCAACCUUUUGUCUGGAUUUGUCAAUAUCGAGCAGGAAGAUGCAGUUGCCAAAUGUACCGCUCAGGAUUUGAAAUUAAAUAUGAUGUUCACAGUAGGAGCAGUUUUAACGAACGUUUCUGCUUUAGUUAUAGGGCGGUGCCUUGAUGUCUACGGCCCAAGAUUCUGUGGAUUGGUUGGCGCUGGCUUCUUGUACUUAGCUUGUAUUAUCUUCAUUUUUGCAAGUAAGUUUGAACAUACGAUUUUGGAUCCCUACUUGAUCGGUUACGGUUCAAUGGCUUUGGGAGGACCAUUUGCCUAUAUUUCAUCAUUUCAGUUAUCAAACUCUUUUCCUAAGAAAAGUGGAACUAUCUUAGCACUUCUCACUGGAGCCUUUGAUGCUUCUUCUGCACUCUUCUUGAUUUACAGAAUCCUUUACAACGAGUCCAAUGGAGCAUUUACUAUCCAGAAGCUUUUUAAGCUUUAUUUUUUGGUUCCUCUCUUCAUUACUUUAGCUCAAGUUUUUGUCAUGCCAAAGGAAUCUUAUAAAGCCGCCAACGCUUCCUUCGAUAUUUCUCCAUCGCAAGCUCUGGAAGAUUCACCAUUGCUUGAGAAUGGUGCACCAGCUACUAAGAGAGAUUCUAUUGGCGAUGCAUUGAAACAACCUUAUGCUGAAGAAGGUGAAGCUACUUUGAUUAGGCAUUCCGGUGGUAUCUUUGGUAUCUUGCAUGGCUAUUCAGCUCGCUUCCAGAUGAGAACUCCAUGGUUUUACUUGAUGUGUUGCUUCACAACCAUCCAAAUGUUGAGACUUAAUUAUUUCGUCGCGACUAUUAAUACUCAAUAUACCUAUUUGUUCCACUCUGUUGAGAAGGCUGAAAAAUUGAACAAAUUUUUCGAUAUUUUACUUCCAUUAGGUGGUGUAAUCUCAAUUCCAUUUGUGGGCUUAUUUUUGGAUUACUGCUCUACCUUUGUGGUUUUGGUUGUCCUUCUUUCAGUUUCCUUAGCGAUAGGUUUCUUAGGGCUCUUUGGCAGUUUUGUUACUGGAAUUAUCAAUGUUUUGCUUUUCGUUGUCUACAGGCCCUUAUUCUACACCACCAUAUCUGAUUUUUGUGCCAAAGUUUUUGGUUUUGAUACGUUUGGAACUGUUUACGGGGCAAUAAUUUGUACUUCAGGUAUCUUUAAUUUUGGUCAGACGAUAUUAGACAAAUUGACGCACACCAAAUUUCAUAUGAACCCCACUCCUGUCAAUGUCAUGCUAGUUGCAACUACUGUGAUUAUUGGAAUAAUCACCAUAUUGUACGUGAAGGUUCAAACCAAGUUGUAUAAUGAGAAAAAAAAUAGACAAUUAAAUGCCGCUUGA